AUGGGAAUUUUAGCCAAGGCUCAUUUAUGGCUUGUUGCAUCGAUUGUCUUCUACUUAGGCUUUUUAGCAUUGUUGACGAUCCCUUACGUUCAAAGAGGUUUGAUUUUCCUACACUGGGUUCGACUUCCCGUACAGGCCGACUUUAGUCAACCUGAACGAUACGGGCUCGCACCGGGACAAGUAAGGAACUUAUACCUCACCACGCCAGAUGGUGCUACCAUAGGGGUCUGGCACGCCCUGCCAGAUUUUGUUUAUGAACGCCAUCUGCGAAGCGGUACACCAGGAUCAGAGCAGCCACUAAGUUUACACGCGAGUGAAAUCACGGAAGAAACCUUUAAGCAGGCAUUAAGGACACAUAAGACCGUACUUUACUCCCACGGUAACGCAGCUUCACGUGCAAAGGGAUUUCGUGCUGCUAUGGUCAGAGGCUUCACGCGUCCAAGAGGUCUUGAAGGAUGUGAAGAGGGAAUGAACUUUGUGUCCUAUGACUACCGUGGUUUUGCAGAUUCUUCCUCUGCCAAACAAUUCCCACCCAGUGAAUCAGGUUUGAUCACAGAUGCGCAAACGGUUUGGAACUGGUUAAUCAAACAAGGUGGUAAACCCGAUCAGAUUGGUGUAGUAGGACAUAGUCUUGGUACAGCUGUUACUAUGGGACUGGCUCAUCGUUUAGACGCAAAUCAGUUGCCGGGACCUCGGGCCAUCAGUCUUAUUGCUCCAUUCACUAGCCUGCCUGAAUUACUUAAAACUUACGUACUUUUCAAGGUGUUUCCAAUCCUACAACCUUUCUCUUACUUCCCUCAACUUCAAGAUCAAGUGAUACGUACCACUCUCAAAACGCAUUUCGAUACCAAAGCCCGUCUUUCUGAGCUCAAAUCAGAAAACACCACCAUACUACUCAUACACGCUAAAGACGACUUAGACAUUCCAAACUCUCAUUCUCACGCACUUUUCACAACUCUUCAAGAACAAAGUGAUGAAUCGAAUGACCAAUCAAUCAAGACAAACAUCAAGAUGAAUCGUUUGAGUAAUUACGGUACUCUUCAUUCCUUACAUGUUUCUUCGGUUAGCCCUAGACCUCGUAUCCUUUACCUAGAAGCUGAACGCGGGGGUCAUAAUCAAGUUGGCCAGUCUGAGACAUCACUUAGAUCAGUUGCUCAACUGGUUUGUAGAGCUUGA